AUGAAAUUUGGUAAACGACUUCAAGAUGAAAUUGUUCCUGAAUGGAUCGAUCAUUAUGUCAGCUACAAACGUCUAAAACGAUUUAUUCGCAACUCAAAGCUGACGGGAUGCUCGUUUAGAAAAGAACUCCUUAAUGUAAUUUCUGAGGAAUUUGGCAAGGCCGAAAAUCUUUUCCAAGAACUCAUUGAUGAUCUACAAAAAGGAUUUGAGGGUUUAAUGGGUAUUAAUCUUGAUCGCCCUUUACCAAAGUCGACGACUUUUCGAAGAUUCUAUCCGAGACGUCACCAUAAGGGAUUCGAUGCCGCCGUUAGUGAGGAUAGUGUGGCACUGGUUAGCUGUAGUUCCGUCUAUGAAGCUGAAUCGCAGCUGGGGGAUCACAAAGAUGAGGGAUUCCUAUCCUUUUUAAAAAUCUUUUUUUUAUCUGCUAUCGGGGAUUUCAAGGUGAAGCCGGUUGAGAAAGAUACCCCGCGGGCGCAGUUCCUGGAGUGGUACGCCAGUGCCCAUCAGUUGCAGCACUUUGCCGAGCUCAACCUGGAGGCAAUUCGAAAGACAUCGAAAAAGGUGAAAAAAUAUCGUAGUAUGGAUGGCGACCACGCAAGUGCCAUUGAGGCUGAGCUAAGUCGUUCUCAUCUAACGACUUUGAUGCCUCGUUUACACAAGCUCAUCUCCGAUGUCUGCCUCGAUUACGAGAAAAAGUUCGACGAACCGCUCAAACAGUACUCGAACCUCACCCUCCCGGAGGAAUGGAAGGUGAAGUGGGGCUCUGUCUUUUUUUCCAUCCUAUUCUUUAGCCUAAUCAUCCACGCGCCUUUUUUCGUUGAGACCCCGGCCGCCCAUAACUGCGUGGCACUUUUUACCUUCGUAGUGGGGCUUUGGGUGACGGAGGCGAUGCCGUCCUUCUGUGUCACGAUGCUGAUCCCGUUAGUGGCGGUCCCUCUGGAACUUGGGGGAGGGGGGGCCACCCCCUCUCCUAUCUCCACCUCCGUGUCACGUCUUCUCGGCACCAUCUUCAGCCCGUCCCAGGUCCUUGUGCUGGGUGGGCUCGUGAUGGGCAAGGCCGUGUCACGGGUGAAGCUGCCGAUGCACGCGGCCGAUGCCAUCCACCGUUACACUGCGCACCGGCCGGAGCUCUACCUGCUCGCGGUCAUGGCCAUGUGUUGCGCGCUCUGCGCCCUCCUCUCCAACCUCGCGGUGCCGAUGCUCGUGCUGGAGCAGCUGCAGGACAUUCUCUGGGAGUUCGUCGAGGGCGGAGGCGCCCCGCACGGGGUUCUCCUCGGGGUCGCCUUCGCUUGCAACUUGGGUGGGAUGCUCUCGCCGGCCGCCUCGCCGCAGAAUGCGCUGGCGAUCGCGGCCCUUAGCCCGGGCGGGAGGGUUUCCUUCGCGGCGUGGGUCUGGACGGCGCUGCCGGUGGUGAGCUUGGGGUUGUUAGUUUCCUGGGGAGUAAUCGUAUUCAUCUGGAGACCCUUCCGGGAGGUGCCGUAUAUUCCCCUUCAGAUCGUCAACACGGAGUCAGAUAAGGAGGUUUCGACCGCUAAGCGUGCUGCCGUACUUAUAGUUACAGCGAUUACGGUUUUACUAUGGCUAUUGCCUUCAAAUUUCUCUCUAGGCGAUCCGAACCUGAUUGCUCUCAUUCCGAUUGUAAUUUUCUUUAGCACUGGUAUUUUGUCAAAAAAAGAUUUUAAUACCCUUUCUUGGAAUCUUAUAUUUUUAUUAUCGGGUGGGAACAUGCUCAGCUUGUGCGCUCAUGAUUCGAAGAUGUUUGAUAUCAUUGCAAUGGGCUUAAAUGGAACUCUUUCAGCGACAACCCCGUAUGCAAGCCUUAUUGUGAUUAUGCUGUUCAUGAGUAUUAUAUCUACUUUUGUUUCCCACACGGUGGCUGCGAUAGUUAUACUGCCGAUUAUCGACAAGAUUGGGCAACUUAUACAACCUAACAGCGGCCCUUUUGCGGUAACGUCAGAAUCAUUGGUUCUGCUCUGUGCAUUCAUGUGUUCUGGUGCAAUGGCUUUUCCUAUUAGCUCCUUUCCAAAUGUAAACUCCUUGUUAGCGGAGGAUCCGAAGGGGAACCCAUAUUUGCGCGCAAAAAACUUCCUGACCACCGGAUUGCUGAUUCAAUUGAUUCUUUUCAUCAGUCUUAUUACGUGGAUGGUGCCCUUAACGAACCUAACGCUAGAAUGGCAGAGGUCCUAA